GCCUUGACAAUGUCAGACACUGCUAGUAGGAGAGACUAAAACUCCACAGAGCAACUGAAGUUUCCCUGUUCAGUUGAAGAUUGCUAUGGUGUAACUGAAGUUGUAUUUCUUCCCCCACCUCCCCGCUCCCUUUCUUGCGCCGUUGAGAGCAGUAGUGUAGAUUUGAUAGAAAUUGCCAUUCUCCCUUUCCUUGGACUGUCUGAACCUGUAGAGGAUACCACAGCAAUGCUGGACUGCAGUGACUACGUUCUAGACUCAAGAAUGAACAAUCCGUCAGAAACCAGUAAACCAUCAAUGGAGAGUGGAGAUGGGAACACAGGCACGCAAACAAAUGGCCUGGACUUUCAAAAGCAGCCUGUGCCUGUUGGAGGACCAAUCUCUACAGCCCAGGCCCAGGCCUUUCUUGGGCACCUUCAUCAGGUCCAGCUCGCUGGAACAAGUUUACAGGCUGCUGCUCAGUCCUUAAAUGUACAGUCUAAAUCUAAUGAAGAAUCUGGGGACUCUCAGCAGCCAAGCCAGCCUUCCCAGCAGCCUUCAGUGCAGGCGGCCAUACCCCAGACCCAGCUCAUGCUGGCCGGAGGACAGAUCACUGGGCUCACGUUGACGCCAGCCCAGCAACAGUUAUUGCUACAACAGGCGCAGGCACAGUUGCUGGCAGCUGCAGUGCAGCAUUCAGCCAGUCAGCAGCACAGCGCUGCUGGUGCCACCAUCUCGGCCUCUGCUGCAACGCCGAUGACGCAGAUCCCUCUAUCUCAGCCAAUACAGAUUGCACAGGAUUUGCAGCACUUGCAGCAGCUUCAGCAGCAGAAUCUCAACCUGCAACAGUUUGUGUUGGUGCAUCCAACAACCAACUUGCAGCCAGCACAGUUCAUCAUCUCACAAACACCGCAGGGGCAGCAGGGUCUCCUGCAAGCGCAGAAUCUCUUAACGCAACUACCUCAGCAAAGCCAAGCCAACCUCCUGCAGUCUCAGCCAAGCAUCACCCUUGCCUCGCAGCCAGCAACCCCAACACGCACAAUAGCAGCGACCCCCAUUCAGCCACUUCCACAGAGCCAGUCAACACCAAAGCGAAUAGACACUCCCAGCUUGGAGGAGCCCAGUGACCUUGAGGAGCUUGAGCAGUUUGCCAAGACUUUCAAACAAAGACGGAUCAAACUUGGAUUCACUCAGGGUGAUGUUGGGCUCGCUAUGGGCAAACUCUAUGGAAAUGACUUCAGCCAAACUACCAUCUCUCGCUUUGAAGCCUUGAACCUCAGCUUUAAGAACAUGUGCAAGUUAAAGCCACUUCUGGAAAAGUGGCUCAAUGAUGCAGAAAACCUCUCAUCUGAUUCAACUCUCUCCAGCCCAAGUGCCCUGAAUUCUCCAGGGCAAGGAAUCGAAGGCGUGAACCGUAGGAGGAAGAAACGCACCAGCAUAGAGACCAACAUACGUGUGGCCUUAGAGAAGAGUUUCCUGGAGAACCAAAAGCCUACCUCGGAGGAGAUCACCAUGAUAGCUGACCAGCUAAACAUGGAGAAGGAGGUGAUCCGCGUUUGGUUCUGUAACCGGCGCCAGAAGGAGAAAAGGAUCAACCCACCCAGCAGUGGUGGAACCAGCAGCUCGCCCAUCAAAGCAAUUUUCCCUUGCCCAACCUCACUGGUGGCAACCACGCCAAGCCUUGUGACUAGCAGUGCAGCUACUACCCUGACUGUCAAUCCUGUGCUCCCUCUGACCAGUCCUGCUGUAACUAGUUUGUCAGUCACAGGCACAACAGAAACCACCUCCAACAACACAGCAACAGUGAUUUCAACGGCACCUCCAGCUUCUUCAGCAGUGACAUCACCCUCCCUGAGUCCUUCCCCUUCUGCCUCAGCCUCCAUUUCAGAGGCAUCCAGUGCCAGCGAGACCAGCACAACACAGACAACCUCCACUCCCUUGUCCUCCCCUCUUGGGACCAGCCAGGUGAUGGUAACAGCAUCAGGGUUGCAAACAGCAGCAGCAGCCGCAUUACAAGGAGCUGCACAGUUGCCUGCAAAUGCAAGUCUUGCUGCCAUGGCUGCUGCAGCAGGACUAAACCCAGGCUUGAUGGCAUCCUCACAGUUUGCAGCUGGAGGUGCCUUACUCAGUCUCAAUCCAGGGACAUUAGGUGGUGCUCUCAGCCCAGCCCUGAUGAGCAACAGUACACUGGCAACUAUUCAAGCUCUUGCAUCUAGUGGCUCUCUUCCAAUAACAUCACUGGAUGCAUCUGGAAACUUGGUGUUUGCCAAUGCUGGAGGUACUCCUAACAUCGUAACUGCCCCUCUGUUCCUGAACCCUCAGAACCUUUCUCUGCUCACCAGCAACCCGGUUAGCUUGGUCUCUGCAGCUGCAGCCUCCGCAGGGGCCUCUGGACCAGUCGCCAGCCUUCAUGCCACCUCCACCUCAGCCGAGUCCAUCCAGAACUCUCUCCUCACGGUGGCCUCUGCGAGCGGGGCCACGUCCACCACCACUACUGCCUCCAAGGCACAGUGAGCUGGGCUGAGCUGUGCUGCCAGCAGCCUUUUUCACUGUGCAGUGGGAUUGGCUGCCAGUGGGGUUUAUGAACUGAAAAAUGUGAUGGUCAUCCUCUCGCCGUGUUGCUGGGGACAAGGGAGAGAAGGAGAAAUAUUAAAAAAAAAAAACAAAAAACAAACAAAAACAAAACAAAAAAACAAAAGCAAAACAGGAAGGAUUUAAAGCUGGGACAGACAUUUGCCUCAUUUUAUAAUAAACACUGUCUUUUCAGGAUCGCUUCAUGGAUCGGAGAACUUUCUAACCAAAAAUGUAAAAAAAACAAAAACAACAAAAAAAACAACAAAAAAAACACAAAACAAAACAAAACAAAAAAAAAAACACAAAAAAAGUGAAAGGACUACUUAUCAUUUCCAGCAGUCACAAUGACAAGUUAAGGUGGGUUAUCAGUUCAAACAUAGGACGGGGAUUUCUUGUUCCUUUUUGGUCUAAAUAUCUUUCUUUUUUAAUUAUCAUUUUAUUGGUCUGUUGUACAGGCCAUUAUGUCAUACAAGGUGUUUAUAAUCGUAUCAAUCUUAUUGGGGGUUCCUUUCUUAACUGGUACAAUUUAGGCAGGCCUGUAUUACUGGUGUAUCUCUAUUAUUAUUAUUAUGAUUAUUAUUAUUAUUAUUUUUAUAUAUAUAGUUUGGACGCAUUUGUCUAUUGCUCCUGGAUUAUUUUCAGUGAGCUCCCAUGCCAUGGGGGGAGGGUGGGAGGGUGGAGAGGAAGAAUGAGCACAAAGAGACUUUCUGUCCUAAUCUUCUGGGAACGUUUUGAACAGUUUCCUCAUCCUUAAAUUUGUCUGACGUCUACUUAGAGGGGUCAGAAGGAUUAAUUUCCAUCACUUGUGCAGGAAGCUCAGUGUAGCAGUAGAGAUGGUUGUGUGCAAAGUUCCAGGCUGGUCUCUGCUCUUUGAGCAGAGGUAGGAAUUAGUUGUGAACCACAGUUCUCCUUCUCUCAAUUAUUUAGACAAAAUGGCCAAACUUUACACUUAGCUUCGUGUGCAUGGUUCCUCUUUACUUCAGAGAGUGGAAUUUAACCUCCUGAGUCUAGACUGUGUGGCAUACUGAUGGCUCUUCUGUCCUAUUGAAUUGAUUUUGCUGUUAAGAACGUACACAAAUAUUUUAAAGUUACUCAAGCUAAUUGGAAGUAUAUGAAACAACAUUUACCGUCUUGGAUUUCUACCAGGUGGAUUGGUACAGGAUUUCAAAAGGCCGGGCUCUCUCUAAUCAUAGAUGCAUUCUCCUUCGUUUACUUCUAAUGUUUCCAACAUUGCAUUUGGGAGAAUUUUCUAGGGAGAAAGAAAAAAAAAAAAGCUGCUGGCUGCAAAACACCGAAACCAAAACUGUAAGAACAGAAGCUGCCAUCUUUGACGCCAACACAAUAGAGUUGUCUCUGUUUUUGCACAUACCUUGGUGAUCUCGUGUAGUCUCUGAGCUGCGAUGCUGCUAGCUGUGUAGCAAUGGCAAUAAGCAUCUCUGAGCGGAGCGUCGGGACUUACCUGCCACUGUAACUGUCUGGUUGAUUCUGAUCCAUACAGCAAAGAAUAUUUAUGUGGAUGAGGAAGAGUAAUGGACUGUACAGAAGUUAGAUCUGUAUAUUCUUAAAUAUACAAUCUAGUAUCUGAACCAAAAAGACUUUUGAAAAGAGAAGACUGGAUCACUGCAAUGCAGUUCACUUUGAACUUCCAUUCUGGAUGGAUUUAACAGUUUCUGCCAUGUGUUUAAAACUAGAUUUCUUUAAGCUAGCAAGGGUAUUAGAAGAGUUCCUUUCCCCCACCCCCUUUCCUGUUGUCACCGGAGUGUUCUGAAAUAAUGAGCUAAUGCAGCUACGUUCAUUUUGUUGAUGAUUCAGGGGGAUCCUGGAGUUUCUCAUCCAAGAUCCAGAUGGCAGCAACUUUAAGUUCUACGUGUGCUUUGGUUGGUGACCUGAGCACGUGGGAUUUGCGUUUGCACUCAAGUGGCAGAAUCCCUUAUCUCUCCCCCCCACUGCCUUGGUUUUGCUCUGUUCAUCUCUAACUCUCCACCUUCCUGUUUUACUGAAUAUUUAAACCAAUUAUCCCCGUAACUUCAAAACUAGUGAACUGCAAGCAGGGAAACUAACAAAUGUCCGUCCACCGUUUCUAAUGUGUUUUUGAUUUUUUUAUGUUUUAUUUUUUUAAAACUAAGCUUGAACCAAAGUCAAUUUCUAGCAAGCUGCUGUACUAAUGGACUAGUUUGUAUAAGUGCAGUUCAGAUGCAGAGAGGCGAUAGAUGCUACUGACAAUUUCUUUUUCAUUUGUCUUUUGUUUUUAUUAAUUUUAUAUAAAAGUUGCUGCUUGUUUUUAAUCUUUUUUUUUUUUUUUUUGGUUGGUUGGUAAUUUGUAUUAUCCUUGGGCAGACUCUUAACUUGACUUUAAUUUGUUUUCUUUUGUUUGAUGUGUAAAUAGAAUGGCAAUGUCAGGGGUUUGUUAAUCCAACAGGUCCCACCCUCAUCCCACCAGUAUGGCUAAAGUUACAUAUUUUUGGGGUGUCUGAUGUCUCUCUGACUUCAGGCUGCACAGAAGACUUUUAGGGCUAUGAAUAAUACUGCAUAAAUGUAAAUUUCCCACAGUAAUAGCUUCAGAGCGGUAAAAGAUACAGCUGGGUGAGCUUCAGGGAGGUAGGGAAGAAGUGGAAGAGGAGAUGCUGGUACCCACUGUGUUGGUCUGGAGGCCACAGUGUGGUCUACAGUUUCUACCAAAGGAGUGCAGGCCCCAUGGGACUUGUGUUCAGUGAAGUAAGAGGAUGGGGAAAACUGCAGCUAUCAUGUUCAUUCCUGAGUCUGAAAGUUCCUACUUACUUUCACGCCUGUGCAAAAAUACAAUUAAUCAGGAAGCUUUUUCGUUAAAGAAGGGAUACUGUCGGUCUUUGCUCCGAUGGAUCUUCUAUUCCCUAAAGAUGUGGCAGGGUGGGGGGCAUGGCUGUUGCAUAUAUAUAAGAAACACAAAGAAGGGUGGGCCUUAAUCAGCAUAUCCUCUCUCCACAGUUCAAAGAGACUGUGCCAUUAGCUGUCUGAAUGAGUUUUCAUGUCCCAUUCUUGCUGGUUUGUGACUGGGAGAGGGUCUUGUUGAGUACAUAUCUGGAACACUAAUGCAGCUUGGAUGGUUUAUUUAUUAUAAAAAAUCUGCUUUUUUUUCCUGACUACCUUUGCAUUGGUCACAUGGCUUUGGUGUGAGCACCUUAAUACCCCUUUCCCUCCUCCUCUCUACCCCAUCACCCUCUUUGGGGCCCAGAUUCCAGGGAAUUUCUUAGCAAGUCUUUUUCUGAGAGAAACUGGAAACUCAGAAUAGCCACAUAUCUGGAAAGGGCUUGAUUUAGCUUGUGGAAGCUGACACAAUACUCAGACAGCACAUAUCCCAUGGCUUUACUCACCAGCGUGCUUUGGUUAAACCCCAAAUUGGUUUGCUCACAUGUAUUUUCCUGUGACAUCCCAAUGACUGACCAUUGAUCCCAGUGCCUGCUUUUCAUCCCCUUGCAGUGCUUUGUCUCGUGGCUGCUGGCAACCUCCGGGCUUUGGGUGAAAGACAGAAAUCAGGUGCGUGACUUCAGGGUGUAAAAGGAAUGGGUGUGAGAUCAAGUACUGGAAUUUAGUAAAAGUUUAUUUUUUAAAUAAUCAUCUUGCUGACAGUAAAAGUUGAUGCAUCUGAAGAGACUAACAAUUGUACGGAGACUCAGUAAAUGGGGUCUUUGUCUGAAGUUCACCAGUGUUUGAAAUGGAGAAUUAUUGCCCCUGGAAACACUGGGGUUUGCAUGGUUGCAAACUGGCUGGCUGACAGAGAGCAUUCAUGUUGCAAACAAAAUGAUUUUUUUUUUUCUUCAGUUAGGCAAAAUAGUGCCUCUGAUUCCAGUAUAAGUGGGUUUACAUAUUGAAUGGAGGUAUUUUCUAUGACAGGCUCACGGUCUUAAGUUCUUCCUUUCUUGUUAGGGGAAGAUUUUCUCUGAGAUUGUUCGUUUCUAGGAUAGUUUCUAGCUGCGUGCUGGUACAUUUGCUACUGUAUUGACUCCUCAGCUGGGAUCAGAAGAAAUGUCAGUGUGUUAGAAUAUGUCUGAUCACAUCUUUCUGAGCUCGUAGCUCUGUAUUUACAGACCCGUGGGUUGCUUUUCAUAUUUGCAAGCAUGCCAAAGGACAUGUGCAGGAAAAGAGAGCGAGAAACACUCUCUCGUAUAGCCAAGGACAAAAACCACAAGAUUUGCAGAGCCACAAAUAUAGAUAUGCCCUGAAGGUCUAGAAGAACAAUUUAGGAAAUGGUUUCAGGGUGGGCUGCUGUAAGCUGGUGAUGGUUUUUUUUUUCUGUUAGGAAAAUUUAUUCCUGUUUGGCUUUAGCACAGCUGAACUCCUCAGAAUCUGCUCUCUUCAGUCAGUGUAGAAUUAUUCUUGAACAGAUCACAGAAGUACACAGAGAUACUGCUGCUUACAAAAGUCACAUCCGUCUAAAUCUCCUUAAGAGGAUUUCUUGUUUCUGAGUUACUACUGUGUUUUUGUCUCAGUAAUUUUUAUUGUUUCCCUGUGUAGUUUUGAGAUGGUGUGUAUGUGCAUGCUCUCAUAGAGUUGCUGGGGAGAUAGCAUGCUCAUUACAUGCAGAACCACCUCGUUUGGUUUUAAGAGAUUCUUUUUUUGUCCGUCCUAUUGGCUAAUGUCAGUUGAGCUCACUGAUGUCAGUUGAGCUCACUGUUUAGUUUUUACAGAACAAAUUAAAUUGGAUUGCAAAAGUCAUUUCGCCAUGAAUGAGAGAUCUGUGCUCUGAUGAACCUUCAAGGAGAACACGCUAGAGAGUUAGCUGGAUUGUCGUGUAGAAGUGUGCUGCUGCCAUUGCUCAGUGGUUCUGUUUGAGUGCUAGUGAGGUUAGUUUGCAAGAGAAAACUAAAGUGCAAGAACAUUAGAAGGAAGACAUACUCCGAUGCGAUGGCUUGAAUUAGAGACCUUUUAGAACACUAGAGGCUUCAAGUUUGCAUUUUAUCUUGAAAUUGAACAGGCUGGCAAAGAUUUUCAAUGAAAACAGUACAGAUCCUGAAGUAUUUGGAGUUGCAGCUUGUGAUUUCUUGCACCUUUUAGAGUUAAUAAGAAGGAUGCCAGCAUUGGCCAAAGUAGCUGUCUACUUGUCCUAACACCCAAGAACAGAUUUUCUCUUGUAGUGUGUUAGUUUUCCAUUUGGUGAAGAGCAAUGCGUUGCCUCUGUUUUGCUCCUUCUCUUGUUUUACUUUAAAUUCACGGUGAGCAUCAGAUCUAGACAAAAAUGUCAUACUUUUGAUCCUCUGAAAUUCUUUUAGGAUGAUUAAUUCCUUAAAAAAAAAAGAACCUCAGAAAUAAACCCUUUUUGCUCAGGGGGGCAGUAAAAGAAUGGCUCUUAUUAAAAUGUGUUGGAGAAAAUUCUCUAUAUGCAUCCUCUGCAACAGUUUAAAAUAUAUAUGUAUUUACUUCUCUUGCUACUGUAUCCUAAUGCUUUGGUUUGAGAUGAUGUUCAGAUGUCACCUUUGUGAGCUUUGCAGUGUGCUUUGGCUCAUUGCACGUUUCUCCAGCCCUGUUACUGAAGGUGAUAACAGUGUUAGUUCUGUUACUCUGUGCACAUUGCUAUGGAGCAACCUUCUUUAAAAGAGAAGUUUCCACUUUAUUGUAAAUAGAGCCCAGAAUCUGCUACAGCUGGAACCAUACCACAGACACUCUACAAAAGUAUCUGAUUCACCUUAAAUAUCAACUGAUAUUUUCUUAAGUAAAAACUAACUUUAUGAAAUUCUUAGAGAGACAGGUAGCUUCUCGUGGCCAUUGGGUUGUCUUGGGCCAUACAAAAUCGGGUGUCUGGCCCAAACAUCCAGUGGUUUUAAACCAGAAGUGUAGGUCAAUGUAUUACCAGGUUAGCUGUAUUAAGAGUCCCUAGUCCCAUUCUGCCCCAAAUGGUUACGUGAUGUUUAUCCACAGAGCAUGAGUACAUCUCAUGGAUAUGCUCCAGAAUAUUGGCUAGGGCUGAAUAAGCUAACCUGCUGCUCCCCACUGGAUUUCAGGUUGCCAGUUCUCACACAGACAACUUAAAUUGUUUUGUAUUUUUGUAAGAAUACCUCUUUUUCUAUCUCCCUCCCUUUCUAAAAUAGUAGAGCAAUAGAGGAUUCAAGGUACAGAAUGACAGAGGUUCUACUCUUUUCAGUCAUUAAAUCUAACUCUUAUUGCUGCUUGUGAGCCUUUCUCUUUUUAUGGCCAAGAGACCCCUUAAGUAUUUAAAAGAUUUUUGACAGAGACUUUGUAUUUAAAGGGUGCUGCGGCCCACACCUUUUUUGAUGUGAGUGGAGCUUAUGUAGAGAGGUGUUACAGGGCUGUAGAAUCAUAAAACGAUGCAGAACUGAUAACAGACUGACUCAUGGCUUGCAGUUCCUUAAAAUAUUCAUAUCUUUUGCUCCAUGUCCAAAUGGCAUGGUUCCCUGUAUGACAAAAGAAGUUGUUCCAAUGCUGUUGGAACAAUGAAAAGAGGAGAUUCCUGACCUUAACAUAUCUUUGUGGUCAAACAUACACCAACACAUGAAAAAGUACUUGAUCUUUUUUGGUGUAUCUAUCUUCUUCGUUCAGCCUUCAUUCUCCCACUUCAAAUACACUCUUAGCAGGUACCUUCUCUGAGCUGUUAAUUCCAUGGGAUGCUGUUAGAAGGGUGUUAGGAUGAUUGCACUGGAAUUACAAAUGGUUUUACCUUGGGAGAAGGGCAGAGACACCUUUUAGCUGAGUAGACAAACACGGUCAGGUUGUAUCAGGUACUUCUUUUCUAACCAAAUUCCAAAUAACGAAGCAACCACCGGGGCUGCUUUCGUUUGGUUUGCACUGCGCAGCUAAGCACUGUCCUUCAUUGGAAUAAUCUGGGCCCCCUCCCACCCUCCCCCUCCCUCCUUGUUCCUUUCCCCGUCUUUCCUCUGUGGAAGGUAGCACCAUACAGCUCUGAGAACAAUACGUGUGGGUAGCAGCUGGCUUCUGGCACCUUCAUAAAAUACCUCAGCAUAGCUUAGCAUUGUCGCAGAACUGGUUUUAAACUGAAAAAAUCAGAAGAGAAAAGCAAACUUUAUAAAUAGUUGAGAUAAUUCUAGCUGUAGAGUUUAGUUGAACUGAUGUUUAUUAUGAUUGAUAAACAUGAUUAUGCUGUAUGUAUUUGAGAUCCUGUUUAUAGCUUACAACUUUAUAGGGUUGGGUGGGGGUGGGUGGAUGUUGGGGGCAGAGAAGGGGGUUGACUGUGUUAGAAGGAAAAUGUUUGCUCAUGAAUUUUUUUCCUUGUAUCUGUCUUGCCAAAGGAAACAUUUUGUCGCUCCUGGGUUUGGGAUUGUUGUUUGGUUGGUUUAUCUGUGGUCUAAUCUGCAGCACGGCACGUGGUGGCAUGCAGGUUACUGGUUGGGUUGCUGUUCAGGGUCCUUUCAAGUGUGCGCACACUUCCCUCCCUCUUGGCCCAUCCUUACCCUUCGCUGGAAUCUAAAGAUAAGGCAAUGUGUACGCAGGAGGCUCGGGGGAAAGAAGGUGGCUAUAUACUCAACCGAGACGUAAAUCCGUUCCAGUUAGUUGAGUUGCACCAGAGCUGAUUUGGGUCCAUUGUGUUUGACUUCGGGGAGGGCGAAGAAUGGUUGUCACAUCUUAAUCUAUCUGGGAGAGCAAAAGUGAAACAGGUUCCUUUUAUCCCCCUUGUCUUGUUACUGAAUGUAGGGCUUGUAGUGCUUGAUAAUAGAUGGAAAACUUUUUAAACACUUCCUUUUCUAAUAGCAAUGCUAAUCUGUCUAGACCAAAAACUAUGAAAGAAAAACCAAACUGAGAAGUGAAAGCUAACCUACUCCUAACACCUGGCUGGUGUGCCUGAACGGGUUGAAAUACUGUGAGACUGUUGUGGGAGGGGGGCUUUGAGGAUGGCUGGGAGAGGGAGCGAGUCGUUCUGCUGGCAUGUCUCGGCAUUGUGGUGAGUGGUGUUACCUUGGGAGGGGUGUGCGGCCCCGCCAUCCGCACCCCAAGGCUCCCUUCUCAUUUCCCUUCAAGGCCUAUGGCAUGGGGGAAGAGGGGCGCGUGUGUGAGAGAGAGUGUGCGUGCGUGCAAGCGUGUGGUGAUGCGGAGAGGAGCUCGACUCCACUGGGGUGGGAGAAUUCCCAGUGGCCUCGUAGGGAACCAAAGGCACUGAUACGUCGUCAGCUCUGCUGUUUUCAGAGCGGGUAAGAGGAAAAGCUGGGUGGGUUUUUUUUGUUGAGCUUGGGGUCACUGUCCCUUUCUGAAAGGACCUCAUCUCUUGUGGGUACUCCCACCUUUUCUGCAUAGAGUUGCUUUGGCUCUGUGAAGACGAACUGCGUGUGGGGCUUGCCCAGUGCUGCAGGUCUUAGGCUGAUGUUGGGAUACAGUCAGGGAAAACUGUUUCUGUCCUUCGAGUGAGGAAGCAGUGUAGUCUAAGGUCAGAGUCUGUUCAACAGCUUUUGCGUACGGCCCUCCUGUUAGGGGGGCCAUAAAGUCUCCUUUCUUUGCUCCCCAAAGUAGCCUUGUACAUGUCCAUGUAUCGUGCUAUUGGGCUGAGUUGUUUUAUCGUUGAGCUUGGUGAGCUCUUGUGAAGAAAGGGAGGGAGGAAGGGGGCAAGGCGGAUUGUCCAGCCGCUCUUCCUCCGGUCACCAAUCGGGUUGCAGAACUUCACUGAAAGCUUUACUAAUAGAAUUGUUGUUCUGACAUUAUGUAAAAGUGGUAUUAAUAUUGUGUGACUUUUCAAAGAGCUAGUUAGAUUUAUAGGUAGGUAAUAGGGAUAUUGAAGAAAUGACUUCUCAAAGAAAAGAACACUUGGAACAAAAGAAGUGGAAAACAAGGUGUGCUUUAAGGAAAACAAAUCUGAGGAAGGAAAUGAAACAGCUUGUGGGAGGCGAGGGAAGACGAUGCCCUUUGGCGUUCCUUAGUGCUGCUGAGGCUCAGCCCCAGAACUGGAACACACCCCCUCUGCCUUAUCUCAUCUCUCUACCAAACAGGACCUUGUCAAGUAGCUCAAACCAAAACGCGCUGAUCUGUCUUAAAAAUGGUUCGGUCUGCUGGUGGAUGCCCUCCUGCAGAGCUCUACGUAAAACCAUAAAAUGCUUAACUUAUCAAGGUAGCUUCCCCUGUCCUCACAAAAUUCUCUUACCUGUGGUAGGCCCCACUUCAGGAUUCAUAUUGCCUUUGCUGAAUUUUGUCACAGCAGCUACUUAAGCCCUAUUCCCUGAAUGUGAUAAUGUUGUGUGCGGAUGAAGCUGGUGUGUUGUGGUGCUAUAGCAAUCUGAAAUUAGCGAGCAGACGGAAUCCAAUGGCAUUGGAAGCCGCAUGCCAAGGGGCAAAUGAUGGACAUCACGCAGCCCCCUCGAGAAAUAACCGAGUAUGCGAGGGCGCCAGUCACAGUGUCCUGAGAACGAGGCAGUCGAGACAAAACCUUCAGUUCUUCCCCCAUCCACUCUCCACACGUCGGCCUCUGUGGCCCUGGUGCUGCCUCCCCUGAGCGAGUGCGAGGGCAGAGCGCCAUGCGGAGGAGGUGGAGCCGCCCCACGCCCCGAGAAGUGCUGGGAGCCGGGCAGGCCUCCCUUUGACGUGGGGAAGGGAUCGCUGCCAAGCUGCCGCGGCUGUUGGCAGGGGUGCAGCAGGCCGGGGGGGACCCAGGCAGUACCUCUUUGUCCCGCCAGUGCCGUUGUUCCAUUUCCUUCCUCUGUGGUAGUGUCUAAGGCUAGGUGUGAGUAGGUGUGGGGUGUUUAUCCGCCACAGGUACAGGAGCUGUCGUAUACCUCAUUUCUAACUCGUAACCGAGUAACUUGCUUUAACUUUCUCCAAACCCUACAGAGUUGCCAAGUCUGCCCUCCCUCCUCUGACGAACACUGAACUCUGGCCUAUAGCACCCCGUGACCUGCAGCCCGGGGAGCGACCCCCUUACGCCUCUGAAUGUCGCUGCUUAAAGCUACUGCAAAGUGAGGGCAAAUUGCAAUUGUAUCUUAUUUCCUUUGGUUACAAGGGGUCCUCUUGAUUAGUCUGUGAAUCUCCACCCCUCCCUCCACUCUUCCCGCCCGGGGCUGCACAAGGCCCGCAGGCCUCCGGCCCCGCUGCAGACGCGCUACUCGCUGUUCGACAUGACCAAAAAACCCCAAACCCAAGAAAAGUCUCCAGAUGUUUGAUUUUCUUCUUUAUUAUUUGACAAUCCUGGAUCCCCACCCCCCCACCCCGCUGCCCGCCUGGCCAGCAGCUGCCUCCCGAUCCCGUUCCAUCUUUAUUUGAAUGUAGUUCCCCUGCCCCCCGGGACAGAGAACCUUCAUCAGGUCACGGUGGCCGCUAUAAGCCGGGAGGGGGCGGUUUCUUUGUUUUGUUUUGUUCUUUUAAAAUUUCCAGCCAAAACCAAAGAUUUCCUAAUGAUUGUAUAAACUCAAAACAAACAAACAAACCAAAGACAAAGGGCGUCUUCAGCGCCCAGCCCACCUGCGAGGCGCCCGGCGGCGGGGAAGGGGCUCGCCGGGAGGGGGCCUCGCCGGUGGGUUGGGGGCUGAAGGCUUGGGCGCAGGAUUGGCUGCUCUGCUGGGUGCUCGAACCCUCUGGGGGCUGGGUGACGUCGAUUAAUACACGCUGAGGUGCACUUCCGAGCUUUCCCCCCUCCCCCCACCCCCCCGGUCACUGCUUGGAAGAGGCUGUCCUGUUGUGAGAAAUCCCUGAAAGAAGAAGAAGAAGCUUUUCAUUUCUCCUCUAGCUCCUUUUUUCUAUAUUUCUUUUAUUUUUGCAGCACCACUGUGCAACUAUGCAUUGUAUUUCUCAACCUUUUAUGCUAGGUAGAUGCCUGUGACUUUUUAACUUUUUUGGGGGGGUUGCAAACGGAGGAACUUUUUACAUGGAUCUUUUUAAUCUCAGUUGAUUGGGGGGUGUUUGGUUCUAGGGUCAUACAAGCUCUAUCCCAAAGCAAAAUCCAAAUGUUAAUAUUAUUAGCCUGAUGCAGAUACCAAAGAUAAUUUCUUUCCUGCAGAACCUUAGACUUGUGUAUUAAGUACGAUUACCCAGCACUUGCAUUAGUCUAACCUCAGUAAUUCCAAAGCUUAGAUGUAUAUUUUGGUAUAUUUCUGGGAUAUUAAAAAAUUGUCGUUUAAAUUCUUGUUUGUUUCAGUGUAAUGCUCUUAAAGUCAUAGCAUGGAGAUAACUGAACUUGUCCUAUUCUUAGUAGUUUGAAAUAAUAGUAUUUUUGUAUGUUUUGGGUGUGUCUAUGUAUGUAUUAACAUAACGGUUUUCACUGCCUAGGUGUUCAUAAAUAAAUUAAAAAAAAAAAAACAAAAACAAAAACGAAAACGAAGGGUUUUUAAACUGUACAUAAUGCUCCAUGAAGAACUUCCACAGACCGCCAAUUUGGAUUGCAUUUCACUGAUGGCCGCUCCCAACUGGGAUCCUUGCUUUCUUUUUAAAGAGACAGCAUCUCUCUCUCGCCGCGCGCCCGUUAACCUGGGGCUCUUCCUUAGAGCAAAGGGUUCUUCACUGCUCUCAAGGGAUGGGCCGAGGAGGAAGGAGCUCAAAUGUUGUUUUUUAAAAGCUAUUUAAUGCGUUAGUUCAAAAACUAGCCCUCUGUGUGAAGAAGGGCCCGUCCUUUGGAACCCAGCGAUAGUUCUCAGUGGUCAGAGAACGGCUGCGGUGUCAGAGCAGCCCCUUUUGCUUCUCUUCCGAAACUGAACAGAAGUUCAAUCUUAACCUCCUGGCGCUGUCCUCCUGCCCUCCCUCGAGCGCUGUGCCGGGGACCUUCGGGUCAGCAGAGCUCAGGAAGAGCCCCCUGGAGCGCCCGAGCCCGAGGGGUCGGGUCCCACACAUUUCAAACCUCGCCAGUCGCACGGGGGGGGCGAGGAAGAAGGUGAAGUGCUGUCUCUUUAAAGAUGCCCUUUUAUUAUUAUUAUUAUUAUUAUUAUUUUCCCAGUGGUUGCCUACAGAUAGCUGUAGGCGGUGAGAGAUUGUGUAGAUUACGGUAAAUCAGAAUGAAAAGGUAGAUUUUGUGUAGAUGCAUUUGUCUGCUGUAAUUUUUUAUAUAUAUUAAACUUACUGUAAUUGUACAGUUCAUUUCUGUUGUAAACAUCAUUAAACCAUUUUCCAAGUGUUUUAACAUGUA